GAGGAAAGGACUGAGGAAGCCUUAUGCAAGGGAAUUUUAUUAUAGUCGAAAGUUGAAAAUUGCCAAAGCUUGCGAGAGGCCCUUGACUAAAAGUCUAAAACAAAGUCUAUAAGAGAGCUUUCAUGGUGGAACUGAGUUUGUAUUGAAGAAACAAUAGGAAGUUGUUGAAACAAUAGACUCCUAACAAUUCAAAGCUUCAAAUAUUUUCUUCUUCUUCUUCUUCUUUUCCCCAAGCCAGAAGUUACAAGUUGGUGAGGUGAAAAGAUCAUGUGCUGAAAUUGAAGUGUGAAUUGACAUACUUCACUGAACCUGAGACAAUUCAGUUACGUUUUUGUCUACAGAUACAACCUUUUUGCCCACCUAUAUAAGCUCCAUUUCCCACAAAUUUGUUACCCAAAAGUCUCAUUUGAAAAUUUUUGAGAGAACCCAUAACUUUAGAGCAAAACCCAAAUCAAUCUCUCUAUCUUCUUGCUCUCACCAUUGCCAAAUUCUUGAGAGGAGAUCAAAUCUAUCACACAAACCAACCUUUUGAGUUUUUGUGUCAAUUCUCUUGGACGCAUUGGAGCCACUACAAAACAGCCGAAGAGACUUGGAGUUUGCAAUUGGAGGCUCAAUUGUAGAUUUCGUGACUAGAGGAGAGAAAGGACUCGAGAAAUCGGUUGCUAGCAGGAGCUUGGAGAUGGAGAACACAAAAAAGCAAGGAAACCUGGCAAACCCUUUGAUUUUGCAGAGUGAGGAGUUAUAUGAGUACAUAUUGGCCACUAGUGUGUACCCACGAGAACCAGAGCCUCUUAAGGAGCUGAGGAAAGCUACUGCAACCCAACCAUUGGCAUACUUUGGUACAUCACCAGAUGCAGGUCAGCUAAUUGCCAUGUUCUUGAAGAUAGUGAAUGCAAAGAAGACAAUUGAAAUUGGGGUUUUUACAGGAUACUCUCUUCUCCUCACGGCCCUUACAAUUCCUGAUGAUGGCAAGAUUACAGCCAUAGAUGUUGAUCGAACAAAAUAUGAGAUAGGAUUGCCAAUUAUACAAAAAGCGGGGGUUGAGCACAAAAUUAACUUUAUCGAGUCACGAGCUUUACCCGUUCUUGAUGAACUGCUACAAGAUCCAAAGAAUGAAGGGAGUUUUGACUUUGCUUUUGUUGAUGCUGACAAAGUUAAUUAUUGGAAUUACCAUGAGAGAAUGACGAAAUUGGUUAAGGUUGGAGGGAUAAUUAUCUAUGAUAACACACUGUGGGGAGGAUAUGUUGUUUUACCUGAAGAGGAUGUUCCAGAAAAGAAAAGAGCUUGGAGGCAGUCUACCAUUGAGUUUAAUAACUCCAUUUCUUCUGACUCACGUGUUGAAAUAUCUCAUGCUUCAGUGGGUGAUGGCGUUCUGAUCUGCAGGCGAAUUUGCUAAGUAUUUCUAGACAACUAGUUGAACUCAUUAAUAAAUCUUUUCAUCUCUACAAGCACGAGUGCUUAUUAUGAAUUUCUUAAGGACCAGACUAUUUCAUAGGAAUGUUUAGGGAAAAUGUGCUCUGGUUUUGUCGGGAGGACAAUUUUUUUUUCUUAAUUGUUUUCGUCCCUUUAAGUUUGCAUGAAUUUUGAUUCUUCUGCUCAA